CUGGCCUGCCCCGCCGAGGACCACCCCGGAGACGCGGCCGCGAAGGCCCUGCGGCCGCUCUCGCCGCGCUCGCCGCGGGCCGCGCCCAGGCUCCGGCCGCGCCGCGCCGCUCCAGGCGCCGCGGGCCUCGGGCCGCCCGCGCCGCCGGUGCCGCGCCUGCGGUGGCAGCUGCCGGCGUCGCCCGAGGGCUGCGCCGACAGCCCGGGGCCCGCUGCGUCAACGGCCCUGGCGAGCCCACCCUGCCCGAAGUCGAGGCAGCGCGUGUCCUUCUCUGACCGCCUGGAGACGGAGGUGCCCCUGCUAGACCCGCACUGGGCGAGGGUCCACAGGCCCCGAAGGCUGCGGGCAGCAUCGCCCUCCAGCUGGGCCGCCGAGGAGUUGCAGUCGAGGGCCAACAUGGCGAAGGUCGUCUUGAACUACGAGAAAUUGUUCGGCAAUGUCACGGGCUGCUUCAACUUCGUAUGGCUGCUGUUGACGGACCGUGAGUGA